UCUCACAUUGAUACUCUUAGGUUGGAGUUGUGGACCAUUGGAGACAUGCUUAGAAAAGGAUACUGCAACUCUACGUUGCUUGGGGCUGUUGUGCAGCCACCAUAAGCAAAACCGACUCGUUUUCAAGCCUUUAACGAGCAGUAGUAGCUCACAGCCUCCCAAGCGAGGCAAGAAGUAGGAUAGGAAUGGCGGGUCCUUUGCUGCGCUCUCUCUGUUCUUCAGCUCGAAAUUCGUUAUCCUCAUCUUCUUCCUUAAACUGUAAUCGCUUCACAUCUCUUCCCAAAACAGCUCCAUACCCACGCGUUCCCAUUCUCUCACGGGGCUUCUCAGUCGCCCCUUCACUUGCAUCCGCUCCAGCGAUGGGGAGUGCAUUAGACCCAAGCAGGCUUCGGAACGUGGCGGUGAUAGCCCAUGUCGAUCACGGCAAGACUACUCUCAUGGACAGGCUUCUUAGGCAGUGCGGCGCUGACCUUCCCCAUGAACGUGCACUCGAUUCUAUCAGCCUCGAGCGUGAGCGCGGCAUCACUAUCUCUUCCAAGGUUACUUCCAUCUCAUGGAAGGAAAAUGAGCUAAACAUGGUUGAUACUCCUGGACAUGCAGAUUUUGGGGGCGAAGUUGAGCGGGUUGUUGGCAUGGUUGAGGGGGCAAUUUUAGUUGUGGAUGCUGGUGAGGGUCCAUUGGCGCAGACCAAGUUUGUUCUUGCAAAAGCUUUAAAAUAUGGAAUACGCCCAAUCCUCCUCCUUAACAAAGUAGACCGACCUGCUGUUACAGAGGAGAGAUGUGAUGAAGUGGAGAGCCUGGUUUUCGAUCUUUUUGCAAAUCUGGGUGCUUCAGAGGACCAGCUAGAUUUUCCAGUUCUUUAUGCUUCUGCUAAAGAGGGAUGGGCUUCCUCCACUUUCACCAAAGAUCCUCCUGAUGAUGCAAAGAAUAUGUCACAAUUGCUUGAUGCCAUUCUAAAUCACGUUCCUCCGCCCACGGCAAGCCUAGAGGCAUCUUUCCAGAUGCUGGUUUCCAUGAUGGAACGUGACUUUUAUCUUGGACGAAUAUUGACCGGUCGUAUCUCGUCAGGAGUUAUUCGUAUUGGGGAUAGAGUGCACGGUCUCCGUAGUACAGAUUCUGGUGUUGAGAAGAUUGAGGAAGGAAAGAUCACGAAACUUAUGAAAAAGAAGGGUACAACCAUGGUUCUCAUUGAUAGUGCAGGAGCUGGUGAUAUAAUAUCAAUGGCUGGGUUGGCAAGUCCAUCAAUAGGUCACACAGUGUCAAAUGUGGAGGUAAUGACUGCAUUGCCAACUGUUGAGUUAGAUCCCCCCACCAUUUCCAUGACUUUUAGUGUCAAUGACUCCUCAUUGGCAGGCCGGGAUGGAACUCAUUUAACUGGAGGAAAAAUUGGUGAUCGGCUACUGGCAGAGGCAGAGACAAAUCUUGCCAUAAAUGUUCUUCCAGGCUUGUCUGAUUCAUAUGAGGUUCAAGGGAGAGGCGAACUUCAACUUGGUAUCUUAAUUGAGAACAUGAGGCGUGAGGGGUUUGAGCUUUCUGUUUCACCACCUAAAGUAAUGUAUAAAAUUGAGAAAGGUGAAAAACUUGAGCCAUUGGAAGAAGUGACAAUUGAGGUGAAUGAAGAGCAUGUGGGACUCAUUAUGGAAGCUUUAUCUCAUAGACGUGCGGAGGUCAUUGACAUGGGUCCUGUUCCAGGGCAUGUUGGCAGGACUAGAAUGUCUUUGACUUGUCCAUCAAGGGGCCUGGUUGGGUAUAGGAGUGUGUUUAGUAGUGACACACGUGGCACUGGGUUUAUGCACCGAGCUUUCCUGACCUAUGCAAAAUACCGGGGUCCUCUUGGAAAUGUUAGGAAAGGAGUAUUG